AGGCUAAAUCAAUUGGUACCAGAAGAGCCAAGAAGCCACACAGGCAGCUGCCUCUUUGCUCUGGCUCUCCCAACCUCUCCUUCCUCUGCUUCCGAGUCAGUGCACUCCAGAAGGCGUUCACUUCUCUCCAACCUUUCUCAAACAUCUCCAAGCUACUGACUGUAUACAUUUUACCACAAGCCCUAAGAGUGGGGAAGCGCGAGGUUUCAACACUUCGACUUAAAAAGAUCAACAACGAAUUUUCCGAAAUGUUUAAGAACAAUUAAAAAGCACGGGCGUUUUCAAUCCAUCAACUAAGUGAACAACCGUACCUUGCACCCGCUAAGACACCGCCGCUCGUUGUGGCGGUCGGCGAGAUGACAGCUGCUUUCUCAUCUGCGAAUGUAAUAAAUAUUGGCUGCUUGUAAUAUUUGCUAGGAUCUCUCCUCCUUGUUUCCUGGAAUUUUAACUCCAAAAGAUUGGCGAAAAGAUUAUCGACAGGGCUCUUGCAAGGUAAGACAUCUUUACGUCUCUUUUUCUUUAGAUUAAGUUGACUCAUAUUAUAUUUUAUAGACGCAUUUCCCACACAUGGUCGUAGACAUAGAUGCCCACGAGAAAUAUCAUUUAUGACUAUUUAAAUAUCUGGAAAAUUUAAACACGUAGGGAACAACCCUGGAACUUUUUGUCCGAUUUGUAACUAUGUCGUGGUUUGUUGUGGUUUUUCUCCCUGUGUAUUUCUGCCUCUUCGUGCCAACUGCGUAGGUGUGAGUUGUUUUACUUGUAAACGUAGAGAUAAGCCCUUAUGGGGAUCGCACGCGGUUCGUUUGGAUCAUUUAUUGUUAUUCUGUGGGUCCGUUUUCCUUGCACGAAAAGCUGUUUCCGAGCUCAGGUCGCUCCUGGGCAAGUCCGCGGCCAGGAGCCGAACCUACAUCCCCUGGCUUUUGUUUCUUUGGAGCGAGCCUCUUACUCAGGACGGGUUCUGAGCCUUGCCUGCUAGGGGCACGGCGGGGCACAGGAGUCGCAGUCCCGUCCUCCCUCCCGGUGGCCGAGGCCCAAACGCUCAACUCGGGCAGGUUUCUGUCCCCACCCGCCUGCCCGGAUCCCCCGCAAGCUCAGCGGUUCCCGAGGACCCGCAGCCCGGGCCCUUCCUCCAGGAGCCCGCGAGCAGCCAGCGGGAGGUGGCUUUUCCAGGAGGGCAGCGUCUGGGGAAGCUGGGCACAGACAAGGGGCCGCGGCCAGGCCUCCCGGGGCCACCGGUGCGCUGCGGGCUCCAGUACCCUGAGCUCGCGAACUUCACCCGCAGAGAUGCAGCUUGUGCCCGGGGCGUCCCGCACUCGGAGCCCAUCCCUCUCUUGCCCUCCCCAGCCCCUUAGCCCGCAGCAGCCCGGCCGCCUGCGUUUUCCCGGGAGGUGGUCGGCAGACUGCCGGGCAUUGUGUGAUUCACGUCCCUAGGUCCCCAAUGUGUGUGGCAGUCUGCGUGACAGAUGGUGCUCCGGGAGAGUAUGAGGGCCGAGGAGUCAAUUUUCUUUUGAAAGGACCGAACACAUGUGUUGGGUCAUUUCUUUAUUAUUUCAGAGAAACACGGGGAGGGGGCGACAGGAAAGCAUUUCUAUCACCGGCCUAGGUUCCAGGAUGAGGUUCGCCCGCACCCCAGCGCAGCCCAGACCCUCAGGCGCUGGGAGUCUCCAGCUGCCUUGCCCCAGGCCCUCGGAUGGGAAGAUCACUCUGCAUCUCCAUUAAAACCCAGAUGCAUCCAUCCUUCGGGCAUCCAUCCUUCGGGAUCAUUCGUGUCUGGGAAGGGGACAGAGCAAGGGAGGCGGGAUAGAGCAGCUGAUGUCUGGCCAGAGGAGACACAAGAUGUCAGCCGGCCCCGGAGGUCCACGGUCCUUCUCCAGCCCCAGGGCUACUGGUUGCAGGCUUCGGCGUGGUGUUCGGGAUGCACUCUGGUGCCGGCUCCUUGCCUCCCUAUUUGCGUGGGUCUGAUACAAGGAGAGGAACCUGGUCCCCUCCUAGGAGUGCAGGCUUGCUAGGCCCUCGCCUGCCAUUCCUCCUUGCAAACCAAGGAGAACCAGAUUCCUUUUAUUAACUGACUUUCUGACUCCCCAUCAGCCUCCAAAAUGAUGCUGAGUCCAGACCAAGCCGCAGACUCAGAUCACCCCAGCUCGACGCACUCGGACCCGGAGUCUCUGGGUGGCGUAGACACCAAGGUGCUGGGCAGCGUGUCGGACCUGGAGCCAGUGGAGGAGGUGGACGGCGACGGCAAGGGCGGCAGCCGGGCCGCGCUCUACCCGCACCCGCAGCAGCUGAGCCGCGAGGAGAAGCGCCGCCGCCGGCGCGCCACGGCCAAGUACCGCUCUGCCCACGCCACCCGCGAGCGCAUCCGAGUGGAGGCCUUCAACCUGGCCUUCGCCGAGCUCCGCAAACUGCUACCUACGCUGCCCCCGGAUAAGAAGCUCUCCAAGAUCGAGAUCCUGCGCUUGGCCAUCUGCUACAUCUCCUAUCUCAACCACGUCCUGGACGUGUAGGGAGGGGGACGCCGCGGGAGGCCGCCGGUCCUGGCGCCCGCCAAGGGCGACACACCUGGACUGCUAGGCUAGAGAUUUGCCCAGAGACACCUGAACGCAGGAGAAAGCUUUGCAACCUGCUCUUUCUGGUCAUCAAGGCUACAGAGGAAGAUUUCCAAGCCUGGGAGGUGGGGGUUGCAUAGAAAGACCUGGGGCUUGCAAGGGUAUUUUUCCUAGCCAGAAAAACCUUCUGGAAGCACCUAGCAUGAGUUGCCCUAGGGCCUCCCCUCGGUGUAUUAGGAUCCCCCGAGGGGGUGGUAGCUUUAACCCUGGAGGUUUUCAGUUCCCCUGUAUUUAUAGCCUACACAUCUUCACCGUUCUGAAAGAAUGAGGGCAGUUCAGCCCAGGCUGAUGGCUUCAGACUAAGACUAUCUGGGAUAUUUCUAACUGACAAAUCACCAAAUCUUGGGGAGAAAAAAAAAGAUGAAUAUCUUUUCCAUACAGAGAUUAAGACACAGAAAGGUGUACCAGCAAACUUUUUGUUGCCAUGUCCAAUGAAAAAUUAUAUUCUAAUCUAAAUAAAAUCCUGAAUAUUUGGUAAGGUAAAAAAAAACAUUCAGAACAGGCACACUGUGGAAGGAUUUAAGCUUGGUGAGACUUUAACCCCAAGGCAGGACACUAAAGCAGAUAGAAAAAUCCACAUUUAAAUGAGAAAUUUAACAUCUGAUUGCUUUUUCGGGCAAAGUGCCCCUUUAAAUAUCCAAAAAACCCCAUCUGUUUGUGACCUUAACGUGGACUCAUAGAUGCAGUUAGAAAAAGACAACCUAUUUUUAUUUAUGUUAGAAGGAGUAGAGUAUUUUUUUCAAGACAUUUAUUUUUCAGAGUGGUGAUAAUUUUACUUUGGAUACUCUGUGCCAAUUUAUUUAUAGUCAAGUGUUUACACUCCCCCUCCCCACCCCCACCCCUACCCCGGUGAAAUAAUGGCGUCUAACUCUUUAUGUGUUUGUUGAGAUUAUCUUGUGGUCUUGCCUUUUCUUUUCUGAUUAUAUUGCACUUGUAUAAGAGAGUUCCUGCUCCCCCCCUGUUUCUAAGCAUAUUUUCUAUAUUGAGAAGUUGGUUCUUUGGUUGUGAGAUCAGCAACACUAGCCCCUCGCUAUUAUAGUUUUAUAAAAAGUUAAGUGUUGUUAUUCUUACCCGUAGUUUUGUCUGAAAAGUACUUUACAAACUGUUUUUAAGGAGAGUAGCUUCUUUGUGUGCGUGUGUGUGUGUGACAUUUGUGUGUGGGAUGAUUUUAGGAAAUUACAUUAUUUUCCUAAAAAAGAAAAGAAAAAAAGAAUUCAGAACUACUUUCCUCUGUGACAACCAAAAAGAAAAGUCUAUGACCUAGAAAUGUUUCAUGUUCUCAGCUGUGAAACUCUUUAAAGUAAGAGGUGUAUUUUAGAGACAAGGAAGAAAGAAGAAGAAGAAAAAACCACAUCUGCUAUCCAAAGAUUUUAGUCUUUUUCAGGGUUUUUUUGUGUCUCUGUUGCUUUAUAUAAUGCAAUAUUUUGUAGUGAAAAUAGAUAUAACCUGGUUUCUACCUGACGAGUUUUUCAUAUCUCAUGACUGGUGCGCUGUUUUGCAUAUAAAUAAAGGUAUCAGAUUAAAGUUCUCCUCCUUCUUUUAAGCAUCUGUCUAGAAUUCAAACCUGCUGGCCAGGUGUGAAAUGUCAUAAUGGGCUCAGUUCCUUAGAAAGGAAUUAGUAAACCAAAGCAAGAACAAGGCAGAACAUGCACACAUAUAAGAUUUGGAUACAACACAGCCUGGGACAGUAUAGAUCAUGUCACAUCUGUGGGGAAAAGCAGGGUGAUGUGUCUAUAAAACAGUAUAGAGAUCAUAAGAUGCCUAUUUUGCUCUAAAAAGAAACUUUGUAACUGUCUAACCCAAGCUCUUAGGAAACGCAGGGCCAAGUAGGUGUCUACAUUAAGUGGCAGGCAAGAGCAGGGCGUGGUGCCCUGCACCCUCAGUCCAUGAACCUGAGAGUUGGAGAUGGGAGAACCAGGAGCUCAAGGUCAUCCUCAGCUAUGCAGUGAAUUUGAGGCCAGCCUUGGCUACAUGAGACCCUGCCCAAAAGAAAAAGUCACUGAGCAGACCAUUUUGACAGCUUUGCCUCUGGGCACUUGAGCACAAGCAAGACAUGUGUCACUGGAACAUCUAUCUAAUCAGCAUCCACAUUCAGCACAUGACAUACUUGCAAAGAGAAAUGGCCGUAGGACAACCUUAAACAGGAAAAGUCAUCUGCACAAACCUGUGUCUGGCAUAAAACAUGAACUACGGUAUCAGCAGAACCCAUGAAUAAUUAUAACCGUAUCCCUGUAUGCACAUGCACAUAUAGAGCAUUGUGAACUAUAUCACACCAAAUCUCUGGUUUCCGUAUAAAAAAGGAAUUAUAUGGAUUCUCAGUUGAUGUUC